AUGAUAAUACUGCCAGUUAGAUCCUAGAUGUCAAGUCCUCAAAAUUAAGAGUAAAACUAGUCAUAUUAAAUCGCAUUUCUAGGAAAAGAAGCUAAAUGCAACAAUAAAUUUCUUAUUAAGCAGCUCUAAAAAAAUGCUAUAAAAGGAAUGAACAGCCAACAGACCAAUGCCAAUGAGAUUUUAGAGCCUUUAAUUGAUAACGAUCAGGAAUAAGGUACAAGUAAAAUAUAUGAAGUCAUUAGCAAUAGUCAUUAACCUCAUUGCCCAAUAUGUGAGCCUAUUAAUUUUGAAGAGAAAAUAAGACCGAUCUAUGAGAUUGAGAUCAAAUGA